AUGAAAUUUGGGAAAUAUGACUCCUCUAGGGCGGCCGCGUCGGUGUCACAAUGUGCCUUUGAUCUUGGACUUUCUCUUGCAUUCCGAACGACCGAACUGACCCGCCUUCGGGAGCUGAACCGCCGGUACGUGAACAAGAUUCCCCCGCGAGGCUACUGGAACGCGCAGUUCGACGUCAAGCAGCUGAUGUUCAUGAGAUUCAACCUCACCGUUCCCCGCUCGGCGCACUUGGCCAUCUUCGGACGCCGCAACGUGGCUCCGUCUAUCACCCAGUACGACUUCGUAGAGUUCAUCAAGAGCGGUCGUCCGGGUCGUGCCAAGAGGGAGGCUGAUUGGGCCACCUCCGAAGAACCCGUGACGGAGGCGAUGGUCGUGACGUCACCGACCCCGAGCCUCCAGGACGUCAUCGAAGUCUACCCGUUCCUGCACGACCACCACCUCGACCUCAAGCUCGGCCUCCAAGACGCUCUCAAGGACGACCUCGACGACCUGGCCAAGACGGACGACGGAAGUGAGCCUGAAGAACGGGAGAACGAGGUGAUCGAGGAACCGCUGGCCUUGCCCUCUCUCUCUCGCCCUCGACGCUACAUCCACGACCACAGCGUCAACUUGAGCCUCGUGGAGUACCUGGACACUGGGACUUGGUACCUGGCUAUUUACAAUGACGGGAUCAGCGUGGCGGAGGUGGAGCUCUAUCUAGGCGAGGCUCCGGAGCUGCAGUCGGCGUGUCCCAACGACUGCAGCAGCCACGGGUCGUGCGUCCUGGGUCGUUGCGAGUGCGUCCAGGGCUGGAUCGGCGUCGACUGCUCCAAGA